UGUUUUAAUACGCCAUAAAACAUACACGCAUUAAAGCAAAUAACGUUAUUCUUAUGUACUUCACGGGCUUCCGUAGAAUUUCGCCCCUGUAGGGCUGCGGUUGAGCUGUGUGUUUUGAGGAACACCGGUGAGGAAGUGUGUGUGUUUGUGUAAGCGUGUAUGUGUGCGUGAACCAUGGAGCAGAUUAAUAAUAUCGAGGUGGUCCCGUGCACCAGCACGAAUUAUCUGAAACCGUUCACGGUGCAUUAUAGCCAGAAUGGAACAAAGAAAUCAUGGGAUUUUAUGCGAACUCAUGACAGUGUCUCUGUGCUGAUCUUCAAUACCACCUCUCAUUGCUUCAUCCUGGUCAAGCAGUUCCGCCCAGCUGUGUACAUGUGUGAGUGGGAGAGAAUGAAACCAGCACACACUAUGCCAGAAGGAGAGCAGGGGGGUGCAGACCAUGCCGUAGCUGCCCCAAAGGAAGAGCAGGAGGGAAGCGAGGAGCCCAGCCAUCCUCAGCAGCCCCCAGCUUCAGCAGGGGUGACGUAUGAGCUCUGUGCUGGCAUCGUAGACAAGCCACAUCUCUCCCUGGAGGAGAUUGCCUGCCAGGAAGUGCUGGAGGAAUGUGGUUAUGAAGUUCCUGUCUCCAAGCUAAGGAGGAUCACAUCAUAUAGGUCAGGUGUAGGAGUUACGGGAGCCAAGCAGACCAUGUUCUAUGCCGAAGUGUCGGACGAGAACCGGGUUGGUGAGGGUGGUGGACAACCUCAAGAAGGCGAGCUGAUUGAAGUGAUCAAAGUUCCCCUGCACGAGGCCAUGACUUUUGCGUACGACGAGAGAAUCCCGAAAACCAUGGGCGUCAUUUUCAGCUUCAUGUGGUUUCAUAGCAACAUGGCACCUAAGUAUAAGAUCUCCACCAAUGUGUAACGAAUGACAGCUACACUUUCUUCCAACCUUCUGAAUCACCCUGUAUGUAACUUCGUAUUACUUUGUGUUCCAGUUGAAUUGAAUACUGUAUUUGUAUUUGCAUUUCUCAUGUCCUACUCUAAUUUUUGUCCUCUAUCUUUCUUUGCCUCAAACUAAUAUUAGACAUAAUUUCUUCUUGGAAAUAAAUAAGUUACAGAACACAAUAAUAGCAAUUGUAAUUUUGUUUCAUUAAAUUAUAUGCUUUAAAUUAGUCUGUUAUUUUUAUUAAUUUAUGAAUUUUUUAUAUGUUCUAAUUGCUCUUUAAAAAUCUUAUCAUGAGUGGUAAAACAAAUACAAGUUUAAAAAUGAGGUUAGAAGAGGAACUUGUUCAUUUCACCAAGGGGGUUUGGGGAGAAGAAACAGAUGUGUGUUACUUGAUUUAUGCGCUAUAAAGCAUAGCUAACAGGCAGCUACCAACUUUGUCUCUUAAUUGUGCAAAGACUAGCCAAGCAUUUGCAGACACCUCAGGUCUAACACAAAUUAUGAUGUAUUCAGGGUUAGACACAAUGCUCCUCUAUCAAUCCUCAUCAUCAAACUGGGAUGUCUUUAAAGAGACCUCAUUUUUAAAUUGGAAAAUAAUAGUUUGUUUCCCUAUUUGGGGUCUGCUCAUGUUAAUAAAAGCACAAAAACAUCAGUGUACAUAAUUUAAAUAAUCCCAUGUUUUUUGUAAUCCCAUUUUCAUCAUUUUUUCAACUACUGUAAUGCUGACAUGGCAUGAGGUUUCCUGUUUCUUAAUAGCCUUUUAGAAGCCAUUUGAUUAUAAGAAUCACUAUUGGUAAUUCAGUGUUCAAUGUUUGAACAGUAAAUUUGUAAGAUGUAAGACUUGUAAGUUUCCUAAGCUUAAAUAAAUUGCAAAAUGUCAAAAACAAAUUACUAUUGGAACUCCUUAAUAAAUGUAAUAUAGACAGAUAUAUAGACAGAGUAAUUAAGGUUGAUUAGCACUGAUAUUAUGAUCUCUAUGUUCUUUUUCCCCUAAAAUUAGAAAGCUACUAUGGUAUUAUUAUUCUUAUAUGCAGGAGACGAGUGGGCAAACCCAGGAAAUACCAUAUCCAACAUAUAGUAUAAAUUAAAACUAGUAUUAAACGUAAAAAUAAAACAUUUUGUGCAGAGGAGACACUUUAUUAUGACAUCAUAAAUGUCUCUUCAAUCAAGAAAACUAACAUUGUGACUGUCACUUUCUUUCUGCUUUAAGUCCAAGUAGUGUUUAUUGUAUUUUGCACAUGCCGCAUCUGAGGUUUAACCUGAUCUUGUUGAGUUUUGUUUUUUUGGGUAAUAUUUAUACUAUGCUAUGCCUAUUUGGUACAUUUUCCGGGAUAAAGGUCAUAAGCCAUUCAAUACUGCAAUGAUCUAUUUGACUGUUCUCAGCUAUUCUAGAUUUUCAGUUAGAGAACGUAAUAACUACUUCAAUUACUGGAUGGGUGUGAAUUAUUUGCUUUGUAUCUAGACAGUCAGUGUUUUGUUGUUUAUGUGGAAGCAAAUACAAGUAAGCCAUUUGAACAUGUGAAGUGUGACACUAAUUAUAAAGUACAUUCCUUUAUUUAAAGCUAUGCGAUGUAAGAUUUUGUCAGGGUUUUGUAUUUUUAAAAAGCUGACUUUUACUUCAAUAACUUUACUUUUUGACUAAAUUUGUUUUUGCAUUUAAAAACUAUUUCAAUGUACACAAUGAAAACAUCAAAUCACAAGGGUGAGUCAAAAAUGAUCUGCAUUUCUUCCCUGCAAAGUUUAUUGAAAUCUUUUUAAAAAAGACAAAUAAUUUUUCUAAAUAAUCUCCUUGCAUUUUGUCCAUAAGUGUUUGUAUUCCCUCAUUAAAGAAAUAGUUUAGGCUGAGUGGUGAGCCACAAAUGCGUCAGAAGUGAAUCCUCAUAGUGCUGCUUUGACGGCAACAAACAGGUGAAAUUCUGAAGGAGCAAGAGUGGGACUAUAGGGAGGAUGCUUUAACAGCUUUAAACAAAGUUUUUGCACAGUGUCGACACUAUGGGCAGAAGUGUGUGAAUGUGCAUUGAAGUUUUGGCUUCAGCUAUUCAAUAAGCAUGUCACUGUAAUGAGCACUGUUGACUGCUGAAUCUUUUUUUUUCUUUGAUAAUGUUUCAAUACCGCUCCCUGAGAAUACCAGAAAACUUGUAAGCUUCAAUUUACCAGCUGAUGGAUGACUUUUGAAUUUUGUCGGUGAUUGGUGGAUGUUUCUGUCCCAUACUCUGCCGUUUACUCUCAGACUUGUAGUGAUCGUCUUGUAGUCUCGUCACCCGUAAAUGAUUCUCUUUAAGAAACUUUUCCCUUCCAUAGAGUAUCAGUCCGAAUCUUGUUUGCAGAUAUCCAAGAACUGAUGUUCCUCCGUAAGUUAAGCAUCCAUUGCAUAUAUUUUUGCUUGCAAAAUGAACUGAUGCAACACAUUCAUGUCUGCACAGCAAGCUUGAACAGAAAGCACUGAUAAGACAGUGUGUCCCAGAGGCGUUUUAAUACAGUAUAACUGGAGUGUGGAUAAUGUUUGACUCACCUUCAUGCAUUGAUGUCUAGUAUAUCUUUUAAUGAAGCUUCAGGAUGGUACUGUUUAUGACUGUAUUAACGCUGAUCAUUUUAGCAUUAUUACCUGAAUAUUAUAUGCUACAGAAACACUGAAUGCAUGUGGAUGAAAAGCUCAAGUUGUGUGCUGGAAAGCAUAGUUCAUGUCUUUUAAAGCCUCUGAUCCUAUCCUGUUUCUAUGUGAUUGUUUAUUGUCUCCUACAUGCUUUUACUUGGAAAAAAAAUACAAUCAGGUCCUAUGGAUAUUGUACAGCAGUGCUUCUUUCUACUUAAUUUUAAUGUCAUUGUUAAAGUGUUUAUAUGAAAAUAGUAUUUACUUCUCUGUGUGCUGAAUUUUUUUUUAUUAAAUAUACUCUAUGCAUUUGAAUUAUGUAUUGUAUCGUGAUGUCUUGCAUGUGCUUCACAUGUAUAUUAAUUUGGAUUGAGUGUACAUAAAUAAAGAUAAAUUGACUGAGUUACUCUGA